AUGCCACAACCAUGGUGCUGCUUGCUCUCUGCCUCGCGCAUCACGAGGUGCUACUCCUCUUCUGCUCAUGCUGUCACUCUUCGACCAUACCAGGAAACUUGUCUUAAUGCUUGCUUGGCCGCGCUGAAGACAGGUUCUUCACGCAUAGGCGUAUCCCUCCCCACUGGCUCUGGCAAAACGACAGUCUUCAUCUCCUUGCUUGGAAAGCUACCCCCAUUGCAUAACGCCUCCCGCGCCGCUCGGUCUUUGGUCAUUGUCAAUAGCGUCGAACUCGCUCAGCAGACCGCAGAUCAGGCCUCACGCCUGUUUCCCGAGUGGUCAGUGGAGAUAGAGCAGGGAAAGCAGCAUGCCUCUGGCCUGGCCGACGUCACCGUCGCGACUGUCCAAACUCUACUACGAGGGCAGCGAUUGGAGAAGUUCCACCCGGAGUUUAUCAAGGCGGUUAUUGUGGAUGAAGCCCACCAUGCGGCGGCGCCCUCGUACCGUCGUAUCCUGUCUCAUUUCCACUCCGACGUUGAGAAUCCAGACGAGUCCGAGCACUCCACGUCCUCGGUGAAGCAUCGCAUACCCAUCUUCGGAUUCUCCGCAACCUUCAGCAGACAUGAUGGACUUGCAUUGGGUUCUGUUUUUGAAGAGAUAGUGUACCACCGAGGAUUCCUGGACAUGAUAAAGGAACAGUGGCUCUGUGGGGUCCGCUUCACCACAGUUCAUGCGAAGAUGGACCUCAGCAAUGUAUCUAUCAGCUCUCGAUCUGGAGACUUUCAGGCGACAAGUCUCGCUCAUGUUGUCAACACCGAUACCGUCAAUGAGCUGAUCGUUCGAACAUGGCUGGACAAGGCUUCGGAUCGCAAGUCGACGCUAGUGUUUUGUGUUAAUGUUGAGCAUAUCCUCAGACUGGCUUCCACGUUCAGAUCGGCAGGCGUAGAUGCUCGUUACGUCCAUGCUGGGACCCCUCCGCUGGAGAGGCGACAGCUCGUCCAGGCAUUCAGAAACGGAGAAUUUCCUGUAAUGAUCAACUGCAAUGUGCUCACUGAAGGAACAGACGUGCCCAACAUUGACUGCGUCAUGGUCGCGCGGCCCACUCGGUCUCGAAAUCUGUUCGCUCAGAUGAUCGGUCGAGGAAUGAGGUUAUCACCUUUCACAGGCAAAGAAGAUUGUCGCAUUAUAGACUUUGUCGAUUCUCAAAAUCGCGUUUCUGGGGUAAUCUCCACACCAACGCUCUUUGGCCUUGAUCCUAACCAUAUCGAUGACCUCAAUGAUGAGACGAUCGAGAGCCUAGAACGACGAUCAGCCGAGCAUUGUGACUCUUCCAGGUCUGAAGAACUCGGUCCAUCGCUGCAUAGUGUCUCCGGAACCGUGCUGCCGCCCAAAUCAGUUGUAUACGUGGAUCACGAGGAUCCCUUCGCGAGGGAAGACAACAGUUCGGGAGACCCUCACAUCAAUGCUAUCACUCCUUUCGCAUGGGUAUGCUGCGGCGCAGGCAUCUAUAUCCUUGAAUGCCUCGAAAAAGGGUUCAUCAAAAUUGUGAAGGUUGAGUCUGAAGACGAUCGGCAGCCACCAAAAUGGCAGGCCCAUUAUACGCCUCCGACUCUGAAAAACUUCGUGUCGUUCAAGCUGAAGAUAUCACCGUAUGGCCGUCAACAGAAACUUUUGGACGCCACCGACUUCAUUGAAGCCGUGCGAGGCAGCGAUACCUUCGCCAAAAAGCUCAUCGACUCAGGUCGUGAAGCGGGGCUUUUACGAACGGCAAAAUGGCGCUCCCAGCCGGCGACGCCAAACCAGUUGCAACUCGUCCGCAAGAAGUGGAAGGGCCGCAAAGUGGUCGAAGCAGCCCACAGACCAGACUUCAAGACUCUCACGAAGGGACAGGCCGCCAACAUCAUUACUCGCCUCAAACAUGGCGCCCUGAGGCGAUAUGAGGACAAGUUGCGGCGGCAGGCCAAGUUGUUGCAGGGUCAUCAACAGGAGCAGACCCGGCGCGCGCGAGAAGAAGUCAGAGUUGGACCGUUGUCCGCCUAG